AUGUUCCCAUUCAGCACGCUUCGAACAAGCAUUGCUCGCAUUUCAAUUCAACGCGUGUCGUAUUCAUCGUCGGCAUACAAGGCUACCAGCAUUGGCCAGCAGUUUACGCCUUCUUACCGAGUGGGUUUCCAAAAGGAUGGCAAGACGAUUUCACCUUUCCAUGAUAUUCCAUUGUAUGCCAACGAAGAAAAGACAUUGUACAACAUGGUGGUUGAGAUCCCACGGUGGUCAAACGCCAAAGUAGAGAUAGCUACUGGAGAGGCUUUCAAUCCUUUGAAGCAAGAUGUGAAAAAGGGCAAACUUCGCUUUGUACGCAAUUGUUUUCCUUACAAGGGCUAUAUCUGGAACUAUGGUUGCCUGCCACAAACUUGGGAAGAUCCCACAGCUACACAUCCAGAUACGCAAGCACGUGGCGACAAUGAUCCGAUUGAUGUGUGUGAAAUUGGUUCAUGCGUUGGUACACCAGGCGAGGUCAAGCAAGUGAAAGCAUUGGGUAUCAUGGCGUUGUUGGAUGAAGGAGAAACCGAUUGGAAAGUCCUGGUCAUUGAUUCACGUGAUCCUCUUGCCGACAAGUUGAAUGAUAUUGAAGAUGUGGAGAAGCAUAUGCCUGGUUUGAUCCAUGCCACCCGACAUUGGUUCAAAAUAUACAAGAUGCCUGAUGGCAAACCAGCCAAUGAAUUUGCUUUUGAUGGUGAAUGCAAGAACAAGGCCUAUGCGACACAUAUCAUUGAAGAAACCCAUGAUGCAUGGAAGAGACUUGUGCAGGGCAAAGUACCAUGUAAAACGGAGGCAUAUGAUCUUAGCGUGGUGAAUUCGACGAUCCAAGGUUCCCCUUACAAGGUGGCUGAUGCUAAUAUCCCCUCGCCAUUGGGUCAGGCACUGGUAUCAUCACCCAAUGAAGACGAAAAGAAGGCAGGCAAUGAUGAUAAGUGGUUUUACAUAGAUGCCAAGCUAUAG